CUGGCUCCUAUAAACGCUUUGUUGACGCCACAGUCAGAUCUACCUGGUCCGCCUCGCUCCAGGAGAACAACAUGUUUGCAUACAGGCGACGACUGCUGCUUUUGCGAGCUGUACUGAGCAUCUGCGCCUUUAAAGACUUAUAAGUGCGCCUCUAUCAGAGCCUGAAGCCAACUUCCCACAACUCCGAGGCGCUCGGCGAGUAGAGUAGAGACAACCAGAGAGGCACUGGCUCAUCUUCACAGCUAGACCCAUGGAAUAAUAACUAUGGAAUACCACUGGAUAUUGCUGUCUGUGUUUUUACAGUUACUCUUCCAUCCAGGCAACACCAAGCCAACUAUUACCCCAGCUGGAAGUCACCUUGUUGUCCCGCUCAACGCACCCUUCGAGCUGCGUUGUCAGGGUGAGAAGGAGAUGCAGUGGCAGCGGGAGGACCGGCCGAAGGUGCGGGGAGAGAUAAAGAUUACUGGGAUGUCCACAGUGCGCAUCUCCAGGGCUCAGCCAGCUCACAUGGGCCGCUACAUCUGCCUAGAGGAAAUGUCCAAAGCGCAAACCUCCAUCUACGUCUAUGUGAAAGCCCCCCUUACAGCUCUGACGCCUACAUUUUUGGCAGAUCCUGUAAAUCCCUUCAGAAAAUCAAUGGUGGACAAGAUUCUUACUAGAGAGGGAGACACUGCUUCCAUCUCCUGCCUGGCGACUGAUCCAAGUCUGGACAACCUGCGCCUGGAAACAUGUUCAAGUAGAGCUCUGGCCUCUGGUCUCCAGUUUUCUGCGAGCCUCGAGAAAGGCAUCACCAUCUUCAACACACGAAAGUCCUACGAAGGUUGUUAUGUGUGCACAGGAAGACUCAAGGAAGAGAACGUCAGAUCAUUUCAAUACAACUUGAUCGUGAGACCAGUACCCAUUGCUCCUCCUGUGAUUGAGAUGCAGGCGUCCAAAAGAGUGAUUCUCAUCAGGGAUGAAGGUCUAUCCCUCACCUGCAACACUACUAAUGUCAAUGGAGAAAUCCAUCUAAAGUGGGUCACCCCACCUGGCUCGGGUGCCGUCUGGUAUCCACAGCAACCACCAAAGGUUGGCGGUGUUUCGCGUAUCCUGGAGGAGAACUUCACUCACGUGCGCAGCGCCACCUUGACCACCACUGAGGUCGGACCUCAAGACGUCGGACGUUACCGAUGUGAAGCUGAGAAUGAGAAAGGGGUCAGCACACAGUCAGUGUGGCUCGAUGUUUACGAAAAAGGAUUCAUCAAUUUAACACCCGCAAUCAAUGAAACCAUCCAUGUACGUUCAGGCGAGAAUUUGCCCCUAAAUGUUGAGAUGGAGGCUUAUCCAAAGCUGCACUGGUUCUCCUGGAGCUUCAUGGGCCAGCAGCUGAGAAACACAACCGACCAUGUCAUCACCACUCACGUCCAUGAGUACAGGUACAGCAGUGAGCUGAGGCUCGUGCGGCUGAAAAUGUCAGAGAGCGGAGUUUACACCUUUCAAGCCUCCAACGGUGACGCUUCAGUAAACCACACAUUCACCAUCUUUGUGAUCAGUAAACCAGAGAUUGUAUCUCAUGAGGGCCCAGUUGACGGACAGGUACGCUGUGUGGCAGAGGGGUUUCCUGCCCCGCAGAUCGCCUGGUACUACUGUGAGCAGCCAUAUGCCCGGUGCUCCCAACAGGUGAAUGCCACCCAGGAAGAGCAAAAUGUCAUCACUGUGACUCUGUUCAGCCCCAUGUUUGGGAAGACGGAGGUGGAAAGUCGGGUGAACGUCAGCAGGGGACGUUUCAGUACUCUGGAAUGUGUGGCGACGGUGGAGGGAGAGCAGGCCUACACACUCUUUUCCAUCAGCGAGAGAACUGUCACCCAUGAUCUGUUCACCCCUCUGUUAAUUGGCUCGGUAUCGGCAGCAGGCAUCCUUUGUCUCGUCCUUAUCAUACUGUUCUACAAGUACAUGCAGAAACCCAAAUACCAGAUUCAGUGGAAAGUUAUCGAGGGCAUCCAUGGAAACAACUAUGUGUACAUUGACCCCACCCAGCUACCAUACGAUCACCAGUGGGAGUUUCCUCGGAAUAACUUGCGCUUUGGGAAGACACUGGGAUCUGGUGCAUUUGGAAAAGUGGUGGAAGCCACAGCAUAUGGCAUCUCCAAAGCAGAUUCAGUCAUGACGGUGGCUGUGAAAAUGCUCAAAUCUAGCGCUCACGCCACAGAGAAAGAGGCGCUGAUGUCAGAGCUGAAAGUCCUCAGUUACUUGGGAAACCACAUGAAUAUUGUCAACUUGCUGGGAGCCUGCACUGUUGGAGGCCCUACACUGGUGAUCACAGAGUACUGCUGCUUUGGAGACCUUCUUAACUUUCUACGCAGAAAGAGGGAAUCAUUCAUCUGCUAUAAGCUCGAAGAAGACUGCCACUACCGCAACGUGAUGCCACAGAGAGACACAGCUGGUGACAGCUUGAACGGCUACAUGACCAUGAGGCCUUCUGCUGCUGGCAACCCGCCUUUCAGCUCAUCCUCUGAGAAGAGACGCUCAAUACGCAAAGGUGGCUCCUAUGUUGAAGCAGAUGAAGAGAGUGAGAUGUUUGAAGAGGAUGGUCUGUCUCUGGACACAGAAGACCUCCUCAGCUUCUCACACCAAGUGGCCAAAGGCAUGGAGUUCUUAGCCUCCAAAAAUUGUAUCCACAGAGACCUGGCUGCAAGAAAUAUCCUCCUAACUCAAGGAAGAGUAGCAAAGAUCUGUGAUUUUGGCCUGGCACGAGACAUCAACAUGGACUCCAACUAUGUAGUCAAAGGCAAUGCUCGUCUGCCUGUGAAAUGGAUGUCUCCAGAAAGUAUCUUUGAGUGUGUGUAUACAUUUGAGAGUGACGUGUGGUCCUACGGCAUCUUGCUCUGGGAAAUCUUCUCACUAGGAAACAGUCCGUAUCCUGGCAUGCCUGUGGAUGCCAAGUUCUACAAACUGAUAAAAGAAGGAAAGAGGAUGGAUGCUCCAGAGUUUGCACCCAGUGAAAUGUAUCAUAUUAUGAGGUCCUGCUGGGAUGCUGACCCAUUCAACAGACCUCCCUUCAGGAAGGUUGUGGAAAGGAUUGAACAACAGCUGACGGAUGCCACAAAGCAUAUCUAUUUGAACUUUAGCUCCAGGCUUCCUGUUACGCCGAGAGCCAGGGAGGAACAAAGUUCUGAGAGCGUUGCGCCUCACAGUCAUAACUCUGCUGCUGGCAAUAACAGCGCUCCGACUCAGCCGUUACUGGUCCAGCACGAGGUCUUUCUCGAGGGGACAACCUUCAGAGCACAACGGGUGUAAGGACACACUCCACCUCUCUGGCGGCCUCAUGAAGUGCCUGUAAUGUUCCGCCACAUAUCACCCUACAACUACUACUACACCCUCCCACUGGCCUGGUACCAACAGCAUAUGUUGUUACCUGUUGAAGACGAAUGGUUAAUCGCCAUACCAGAAACAACAAAGGACAAAUGGCUUUCAUCAUUGUCAUUACUACUGUUGUUAAGUACAGAGGACAGUCGGACUAAUGCUCCCCUGCCUAUAACAAAGAACUGUUAAGGCACCGAGAAGGGUGGAGAGAUAUCAGCGGUUACUCUAAAACUGUCAUGAAAGUAGAUUAUUACACUGUUAUGUAUUUUUUGGGUUUUUUUUUGUUAAAAAUGUCCUUCACACUGUUUCUGUUUAUCUAUUGGAGUUUUUUUCUUUGUACAUUUUUCAUUUUGUUAUUCUUUGUCGUUUUUCUGUUACACAUGUUUAUGUAGCAUUUCCCUUUUUGGUUGGCAGUUGCAAUUGUUGGAGGAAAAACUUUUUUUUUCUUUUUAUUUUCCUGUUUUAUUGUCAGUAUUAUAUAACGGUUCAGAUCUGUGUUUAUAUGAAGAAAACAAUCUUUGGGGGCCAAUUUAAAUAUAGAUAUAUCGAGACACUGGUAUAUAAGCUAUUAGUCAGCAUUGUUGGUUUGCUUAGAGAGUUGCUUAGUGUCCAUAAGUGCUUCAAGUCAUUCAGGAAAUAUAUUUUUGCUGUUUUUUUGUUGGUUGUCACUACCUAGAGAGCAACUUACUGUCUACUGGAUCCGUCAAAGCAUUUCAUGGAUCGGCCCGCCAACACUGUAAACACAGUUCAGAGAUAUGAGAUAUACAUGGUACGCUAGCUUUUCAUUGAAGUGCUUUUGACUGUAUAUGUACAUAACUGUAGGUAAUUAUAUUAGUCAUUGCUAUAUGAUGACAUGGAUAGUUAAACGUUUGACAAAGAAGACACUCUGAGGAAGCUGUAACUCCUGGUGUUCAUCUUAGCUUUGUGACAGAGGCAUGUAAUGCAGGUGUAUAGUUUCACUUUUUGACAGCUGGACUGCUGGAGAGUUCUCUUGUAAAGUUGUAAAUAAUUUCAGGUUUAUAUGGUUUGCUCUCAUGCCACAUCCAGUGUAUGAUCUUUGUUUACAAGCAUGAGAGACAGGUACUGCCAUUUCUGAUACAUGAUUUCUCUGCUUUUUACCUUCUUCCUCCUUUUAUGAAGGAACACUUUUUCUUCUGGCUGACAGGCAAUUGGUGUGUUUUUGCCCAUGAUACUGCUAUAGCUCUCAAUUGUACAGUAUAUAUCAUGGAUCGAGUCAGUGUGAUGCACAUUUUAAAUAACAUUACUGUAAGUGGACUGCAAUAUUCCCUGAGAUGAGCCAGUGCGUCUUCAGGGCUCUCUGUUCAGACGUCAACGCUGCGUACAGCGCUCUGCUUCCGUGUGUUUGUCAUCUCAUUGUUCUGCGACCAGUAGCUGGUUUCCCAGCAGUCCUCCUCUCCUUUGUAUCCAGCUGUAUCCGCCUUUAGAAGUGGGACUUUCAGCACCUCUCAGCCAGUAGUCUGUAUCAGUCCGGACCAUUAUGAUUCCCCUCUUCCCAGUAGUGGAUGUUGUUGUGAAGAGCCCUGCUGAAGGAAAUUGUCCUGUUUGUGUUUGUUUGUGUGUGUGUGUGUGUGUGUGUGUGUGUGUGUGUGUGUGUGUGUGUGUGUGUGUGUGUGUGUGUGUGUGUGUGUGUGUGUGUGUGUGGAGCAUGAAUGUCUACUUGUGUUUGUGCACAUGUCUGUAUUGCAGGAUUUAAGUAAUUCCAUAUGGAGGUGCCACUUCUAAAUGUUCAUCUAUUCCUUUAGGCUACAAUUGUCCCUCAGUUACACUGCUCUGUCUUUUUGUAAAUAUAAACAGGCGUAUAUUGUAAAAUGAUGUUUAUGCUUUUGAAGAUGUUUAUCACAAUGAAGAUGUGGUACAUUAAUGCUGAAUUUGAAUGCUGUAUUUUCUUAUGUGUGCACAGAUUUCCAACUGUUGGUUCACCUGGAAAAAAAAGCUGCUUGCGUCUCUGUGACCAUGGCAACUGAAGAGAGAGAUUUAUUUUGGCAAAUCUUUUAAUUUUGUUUGAUUGAUAAUUGUAAUCAGUUCAAUUGGUAACUGCCAUGGCAAAACAGACUAAAGUCAUCCCAGUGCUCAUAAUGUCAAUGUAAAUAAAAAUGUGUAUAUUGAAUUCCCAAUUAAACAUUGUUGUUCUAAGGCGUC